AUGGAAUCUCUAGUACGUGUUUUUGCUCUCUCAUUUUUGUAUGUGACAGCUAAGUCGUCACAUUUCGUUUCUCAUGAUUUUGAAGGUAAUAAUACACUAAAUGAUACCAACAAUGGGAUAGUAAAAACUAUUGUGGUGGAUCAAACUGGUAAUGGUCACUUCAAAACCAUACAACCGGCAAUCGACUCAGUUCCCUCCGGUAACAACCAUUGGAUCAGAAUCUUUAUCAGAAGAGGAAUCUACAACGAAAAGGUAAUAAUUCCGAAGGAUAAGCAAAAGAUACUAAUGGAAGCACAUAAAGCAUCAGAAGCUAUAAUCCAGUAUAACCAUGCGGGAGAAUCCAUUGCGAGUGCGACUUUCAGAUUGUUAGCCGAAUUCUUCGUCGCUAUCAAUAUAACAUUUAAGAAUACUUAUAAUAAGGAAAAGCCUAAAACACUGUACCGUGAUAUAAAAAUAGCUCCAGCGAUUGUAAUAGCAGCAGACAAGGCAGCAUUCUUCGGUUGCCAAUUUGUGAGUCUCCAAGACACAGUCGGUGACUUAGUCGGCCGCCACUACUUCCAACAGUGUCACAUCACAGGAAUCAUCGAUUUUAUUUGGGGAAAUGGCCAAUCUCUAUACCAAAGUUGCAUGAUAAAUGUUUUGGGAGUGACAACAUCAACCGAAACCGAGAAAGAAACGGUGGACGGAGGAGCGAUCGCGGGUUUCAUAACAGCGCAAGGAAGAGAGAGUGAGCAGGACACAAGUGGGUUUGUGUUCAAUGGAUGCUCCAUUGUCGGAGUUGGAAAGGCAUUCCUUGGAAGAGCUUAUCGAGGCUACUCGAGAGUUCUCUUUUGCAAUACUAACAUGGCUGAUGUUAUUGUUCCUCAAGGCUGGGAUGCUUGGAGUUAUCCAGGACUAGUGUAA